AUGCAACGCCUGGUCCUCGCUGCAGUGUGCUACAGACGUCCCCAAGUAGUGUUUUUAGACGAAUCGACCAGUCAGUUGAGUGAGACAGACGAGGCACAAGCGUAUCAGAGCCUGGCGCAUCGAGGGAUCACAUCGGUUAGCGUGGGACAUCGACCUUCGGUUCGUGCAUAUCACAAACGAGAACUCCAGGUGACUCCCCACGUCACAAGCAGUGGUGCUAAAGUGGACGGACUGAAAGGAACUCCAAAUUGGCGCCUUGUGUAUCUUUAA